GAUAAAGGAGAACCCACAAGUUCCUAAAACAGACAGUGGCCGAGGGUGGCCACCGUGCUGUCCAGCUUAGCGGAGGACUGCACAAGGAGAGCGGUGCCGGCCUCAGUCCCCUUCUCCACUCCUCCUUCUGUCUCCAGGCACCUGCUGGGGCCACCGGAUGGGCAGGAUGUCAAUGCCCUGGGACAACACCAGCUCCCCAGACAGUCCCCUGCAGCGGGGCCACAGCCUCCCUCAGCUGCUCUCCAUGGUCAUUCUGAGCUUCACACUGGUCCUGGGGCUUCUAGGCAAUGGAUUGGUGCUGUGGGUGGCUGGGUGGAAGAUGCAGAGGACGGUGACCACCAUCUGGUUCCUCCACCUGACGGCCGCUGACCUCCUGUGCUGCCUGUCCCUACCCUUCUCAUUGGCCCAUCUGGCCCUCGGGGGCCACUGGCCCCAUGGCCAGCUCCUCUGCAAGCUGGUCCCGGCCACCAUCAUCCUCAACAUGUUUGCCAGUGUUUUCCUGCUGACGGCCAUAAGCCUGGACCGCUGCCUUCUGGUGACGCGGCCGGUCUGGUGCCAAAACCACCGUGGGGUACGGGUGGCCACGGCAGUUUGCGGGGCCGCCUGGGUCCUGGCCUCUGUCCUCUGCCUGCCUGUCCUCCUCUACCGGGAGACCUAUGUGGAUGGGCCCCUCUGGCGCUGUGGCUACAUCUUUGACCACCACGCCUCUAAGGACGGCCUUGAGGACAACGACCUUUUGGGAUUCUCCAACUCUUCUCCUCCUACUCCAGAGAUGGAUGAUCCUGGAACAUUGGACAUUCCCCUCAGGGCUCGGGAUGCUCUUCUCACAGGCUCAGUCUGGCUGCUGGGGCCCAGCCUGCCCUGGGGCCCUCUGGAUACUGAGGCUGGACAUCCCAGUGCCAUUCCAAAUCCUGACUUGAGUCUGGACCCCGGCGGUCCUAGAGGUGACCUCCUCCCUACGGGGAUGCCGAGUCAGUCCCCCGACGAGCUGGACCUUGUCAUGGACUCUUGGGAUGAAUUGAUUAAAAUCUAUACUGCUCAGAGCCAGGUGCCAGGGCCUCUGGUGGCCAUGACCCUGACCCGGUUGAGCCUGGGCUUCCUUGUCCCACUGGCCAUCAUGGUCGCCUGUUACUCAGUCACUGUGAUCCGGGUGCAGGGCAGCCGCUUCGCCGUGGGCCAGACUCGUACGUUCUGGCUGGCCGCAAGGGUGGUGGCUGCCUUUUUCGCCUGCUGGGCCCCGUACCACCUGGUGGGUGUCCUGUCCCUGCUGGCCACACCAAACUCCCCAUUAGAUCAUGCACUGGCAACCUGGGAUCCACUUACCCACGCCCUGGCCUCGGCCAAUAGCUGUAUCAACCCCCUACUCUACGCACUGGCUGCGAGGGACUUCCGGGUGCGGGCCCGGCUCUCACUGCGGAGCAUCCUGGAGGCCGCCUUCAGUGAGGGGCUCAGCCACUUCUCCACCUGCCCUCCAAGCCAGUCUGAUGUGCUGUCCAUAGACCCCCUCGGCCCAGAGGUUUGAGGCCAGGGGCCUGCACCCUCCCUGCCCCCCAGGGAGGCCAUCCCAUAGGGCACAAGGGUGGAGAGGAGGCUGUGUCUGGGGAGGAGAGGGCUGCAGAGCCACUGCCAGGGGAAUCAUGGCCAGGACCCAGCAGGGCUGGAGACUCCAAGGCCAAGACCUAGAGUUUUUUCAAGGGGCUGUGGAAACCCCAGAACUUCCUCCCCGCUCCCAGCAGUCCAACCCUGCCCCAGGCCGGCAAGGCAACAGCGUCACCAUCCGCUCCAUACCCACCAUUCUUUUAACCCCAGUGUUUCCCAUUGCUCUGCAAACCUGUCUCCUUUAGUUCUGACCCCAUGGAGGCAGAGGGCCUGAAGUCCCCAGCUCUGCCCAAAAAGGGAUAGAGAAGGGGAAAGAGAGAGAGAAAAAGAGAAAGAGAGGAGAAAGCAAGCAGGGUGAGGCCCUCAUUACUGUGUGAGAAUGUGGUUGAGCUACACCAGUCCCAUCAUUGGCAGCCACAGUACAGCUUGAGGCUAAGAGUCUCGAGUCGGAUGGGCAAGGAAGUCCUCUCUGGAGGGCAGACGAAAGCCACAGGGCUGGGCUAUGGAGCAGCUUGCUCUUUCCACAUGCUUGGGAGCUGGACCCCAGCCCAGAAAGGGGGACCUGGGAGCAAUUUGCAGUUGGUGACUUGGUUUGAUUUGAUGCUCUUUUGACCUUGUGCCGAUAUCACUUAUUAUCUGCUGUAAACUUGCUCAGGACUGAUGACUGCUUAUGGUCAAACCCC